AUGUACAAAUUUCCGACAGCAAUUGGUGUAAUUGAUUGUACACAUAUAGGAAUCCUAAAACCAAAUCGCCAUGGAGAUGAGUAUAUCGACCGAAAAGGGAAACCUACUUCAAUUGUGCAAGCCACUUGUGACGCCAGAGAGAUGUUCACAAGUGUUGAUGUCAGUUGGCCUGGAUCAAUGCAUGAUUCCAGAAUAUGGAGAAAUUCACAGACUAGAUCACAGCUAAUAAAUAAAGCAAAUGUUGUACUACUUGGCGAUGACGGUUAUGAUAUUGAGCCAUGCCUUAUGACUCCCUUCAGCAAUCCUACUCCAGGUGCAGCAAGAAAUUAUAAUAAGCUUUUAAAACAGGAAAGAGUUACAAUUGAACUGUUUCGUCCAACUGAAACGCCGGGUUCCUAUCCUACAGUAUGUUUGUAG